CAAGCGUGGGUCUUCCAGCCGGCAGGUCCAUGGCUGGCAGGCCUGUGCCCUCCGGACGCCAGGAGGAGGAGACUUCCAAAGACCAUGGGCUGAAACUAUCACCAGCGUGGCCUCCAGGCCGUCUGCCCAGCAUCGAUGAGACCCGACCAGAGGGCUCGGGCCCGGCCUCCCGCCGUGGCUCCGUGCUAGGUCCGACCUCGUCCUUUUUGCGCCGCAACUCGCUGGCCGGGCCAGGCGCAGGUCUUGGGGGUCGGCGCCCAUCCCUGGGCCCCCUGCCCCCUCUAGGCUCGCGGGUCAGCUUCUCUGGGGCCGCCCGCUGGGCAGAACCCUCGUACCGCACGGAGCCGGCGCCAGGGGAGCGCUGGGAGGCCGCGCGCGCACAGUGGGCCCUGGAAGCGGCGUUGCAGGCAGGAUUGCGCGACGCGUGCUACUCCGGCGCCGAGGCCGGGCGGCUGGCGCGGGAGCUGCGCGAGCUGGUGCGCGUGCGCCUGCGCGAGCUCAGCCCGCCGCGCUACAAACUGGUGCGCAGCGUGGUGCUGGGGCCGCGCGCCGGCCAGGGCGUGCGCGUGGUCAGCCGCGCGCUCUGGGACGCGGCGCGCGACGGGCUGGCCUCGGCCGCCAUCACCAAUACCUCCCUCUUCGCCGUGGCCACGGUCCACGGGCUCUACUGCGAGUGAGGACUCCCCCGAGUUUUGCAAAAACGGUUUA